AUGGAGAGCGAAAAUGUUAUUUAUCAUUUGCAAUUGAUUGAUGAUAAAACGAAUUGUUAUUGUUUAAGUGAAUGUCUCCAACGAAUUCGUCGAUGGAGUGAUACGAAUCCACAGCAUUAUCCAAUACUUUUGUUUUUAGAAAUCAAGCAAAAAUUUUAUGAAGAUCUUUUUACACCUCUUACUGGUGGUGUGCAAUGUCGACAUUUACAGGCCAUUAAAAGUCAACUAUUGGAAGUAUUUUCGAUUGAUUCUUUCAUUAGACCAGAACAGAUACGAGGUAAUCAUUCAUCGAUUCGUUCGGCCUUAAAACAACAGAGACAAAAUGAACUAAAUGGCAACUACACCUAUGAUAAUUACGGUUGGCCACCAUUGAGCCAAUCGCUGGCAAAAAUCUUACCUGUAUUUCUCGAUAAUGCCUAUGGCAGUGCAGCAGACUUAUUUAACACAUGUGAGCCAUUAAAGAAUUUUCUCUUCAUUGCUCAAGAAUCUCUAGAUCGUCCGUAUGCAUCCAUUAUUUGCACAUCGAAUCCGUUCACAGAAGAGCAAAAGCUAAUUGAAAGUGCAGCGAGUGGCCUACUCACCCGAAUUUUACUUGGUUAUGGUGACCAAAAACUUUUCGAGAAAUAUACAGAAUCUCAAAAAUAUGGUAUCAAUAUCAUCAGUACAGGUUCAGUUCAAUGUGAUGACACUCCAUUAUGUCAAAGUAUUGCUGAGAACUUUCCUGCGUCUGCUCCCAUAAAAUGCAACAAAAUAAGGGCACCUGACUUUUGUAAUCGAGCUGCGUUACGUCUAAGAUAA